AUGCCUUCGCACAAGACGUUCCGUACCAAGGUCAAGCUGGCCAAGGCUGCCCGCCAGAACCGCUCGAUCCCCAACUGGUUCCGCAUGAAGACGGACAACAAGAUCCAGUACAACAAGAACCGCCGUCACUGGCGUCACACGAAGCUCUCGCUCUAA